GCCUUGAUAUUACCUAGGGGAAAAACUCGACAUUACAUAAGAAGGUCGAGGCUCUAUACAUGUAUAUUCCACUUGAUGAACUACAACGUUGAUACAGCAAUGCUUCCACGAUACAAUUUCUUAAGGAACUGUCUAUCUUGCUGGUCUCCUAUGUCAUCUGUUACCAGAGUACCAGCUAUGUGGUGGAACAAUGGUUAUAGGUUUCCAAUGGUUACCUGUUCUCAGAUGUGUGGAUUACGAUGGAUACAAGCCAUUCAGAAACAAUACUGUAGCUCCAACUCUAAUCCAGGGACCAAAGUGGAGGAAAAUCCAUAUUAUGAAAAAUACAAAGCAAAACUACAGAAUCUAAAACAGUCAGAUCCAGAGAGAUAUGCUGCCAAAUUAAAUGAACUAGAAGAAAAAGAAAGAGAAAAAAUAGAACAGAUGAAAAAAGACUUAUCAACACCACCAGACAUUGACAAAGAAUCAUUUAAUAAAGAUGACCAGAAAUUCAGUGGUUCAUGGCCUCCUAAGAGUCUAAAUGAGAUAAUGAAGGUGGAUUUAAUUAAGGACAAAUCGGCAACAGAAAUUGAACAGAUUUGGAAAGAGCACCAUGUGACAAAGGACUGUGUAUUUGGUGUGAUACAGGGAGGAAAUUAUGAUGAUGUAAAACAGAAAGCUCAACUUUGUCCACUGUUUAUCUAUCCCUUACCAAGGAACGAUGGUUAUGAGUUUAUCCUGUCACAGUUUGAUGGCAAUGUGAUCUACUUCACCCCUCUAGCGGUAUACCAGUCAUUCAAAGAGAACGCUCCUCCAUGUCUAACUGUGGCACACUUCACAGAAUUCAAAGAUGAUAAAGGAAUUGUUUUAAUGGCAGGACAAUAUGAUGACAAGAUUUUGACAAAGAAUGAGUCGCUGAACUUAAUGAAGCAGAUGUCCAUAUAUUACGGGAAAUCUUCAACCGACAAAUUUAAUGCUGUCAGAGUGUUUAAUCAUCUACCUGAAAAAUUCAAUUAUUUGGACAUGAUAGAGAAUUAUAAAUUCAUGAAAGAAGACUUGGAAAAUUAUUACACAUAACCUAAUGAAACGAUUUUUAAAAAAAUAAAUUGCCA